GUGCUGACGUUAUCGCGCCGGGUGCUUGCCUGGACGGACCCAAGAUGGCGUUUACUUUCGCGGCCUUUUGUUACAUGUUGGCGCUGCUUCUCACCGCCGCACUCAUAUUUUUCGCCAUUUGGCAUAUUAUAGCAUUUGAUGAACUGAAGACUGACUACAAGAAUCCUAUAGACCAAUGUAAUACACUCAAUCCUCUGGUACUUCCUGAGUAUCUCAUCCAUGCCUUCUUCUGUGUCAUGUUCCUAUGUGCGACAGAGUGGCUUACAUUGGGUGUCAAUAUGCCUUUGCUGGGCUACCAUAUCUGGAGGUACAUGACUAGACCUAUAAUGAGCGUUCCAGGUCUCUACGACCCUACUACUAUUAUGAAUGCAGAUAUACUAGCAUAUUGUCAGAAGGAAGGGUGGUGCAAACUAGCAUUUUACCUGUUGUCUUUUUUUUACUAUCUAUAUGGAAUGAUCUAUGUGUUGGUGAGUUCUUAAAUAACAUUUGUGAGAUCCAGUGAAAUUGUUUACUCCCUGCAAGAAACAGAAGGAUAAUGGUUUUUCAAGAACUUGGGGCCCAUCAACACAACAUGUAGUUCACCAAAUAUGAAUGGCUUUGUAUGUAUAUAGAUUAAAUGUUUUUCCCUAUGUUUCAUGGACAUUUUGCCCCCAGGGUUUUUUAGUUUUCUGCCUGUAGAAAAAAUUAUUUCUGCAGUUUGCCUUGAUCCAAAACUCAAGAAUUAAGUUUGUACUUUAUGUAUGAAAUCACUAAUCUCAGAUUAUGUUUUAAAAUGUAACAUUGAAUCACACUCCUAUUUGCUAUUUACAGGUAUAUUAUGUAAACAAUUAUGUAACUUGGCUCAAAUAUCUUGUGUCCAGUUAAAAAUAAAAGACCAGAGAAAUCUGGAUAUAGUUUGAAUCCCUAAAA